AUGAAGUGGUUCGGUGUGGUUGCAAUUUUUUCCAAACCUGAACUUUUCCGCAUUUCAUUCUGGUGUUGGGGUUGGACGGUCAGCAAACGCCUGAGCUGGAGAAACAUUUGCUUUGUCGCAGCUUUAUGCGCCAAAGUCAAGCUAGCAGAGAAAGUCUGUGCUGCGUUGGAGCCUUUGGGUUUCAAGAGCCCUGCUGAGUUCUAUUGGGCACUCAAAGAUGGGGCGGAUGAUACCAUUGAAGCAAUUCCCAUUGAAGCAAUUCUCGAUGCCGCUGGAAUUGAUCUUUCAUCGGCCCCCUCGAAACUUCAGUGUGUAGAAGCUGGACGAUUGCGUCGUCUGUUGUCAGAAUGCAAGCUUGUGUGCGAAGCCCCGCAGCCUGGCCCACCAACGCCAGCUGAAAAGAUGGCCCCUUCACUUCUUGGCAUGGAUGUAGGGCCUCGGUUGUCCGGUGAUGUGUUACAACAGCUUUGGUCUGAAUUUGCAAAGAAAUACCCGGCAGAGGUAGUAGAGGGCGAUGCUCGCCCCGGGAAAGCAUUGGUGCAAAUGGUUUAUGCGCAAAAAUGUCAACAAGAGUUGAAAUACAUUCCUUGGAAAAGGAUCUUGAGUGAAGCCCAAGCAGACCGAGUCAAGCAAGGUUCUACCAAGCGAGAUCGUUCCUUUUUAGACCUUCUGGCGGAUGCGGCAGGGCACGCUGACCCACCCGAGCAAGAGCCAUCUCCUUCGCCGUUUGGGGUUCAACGCCUGUUGAUGUUGCUUCACGCUUUCAUGGAACUGUAUGGUGCUCAUGGCUUGCAUGCAGUGGGCCUGCGGGGUCCCUCCUUGGUUGAAGCUGAAGCGGCAGAUGGGGAGAUCUGUCGCCAAUUGAAUGCGCUGCUGGGCGCUGGCUUCAGCUUAGAUCAAGCCCUACAUGAACUAGUUGCCGUGCGAAAUUGUCUUCACAUUUGGUUGCAGCCGAGGCCAAAACUGCUGCCGCAAUCCGAUUUGUACAAUAAGAAAGGGAAGCGGCCGUUGCCACAACCUGCUGGGAAAUCUGCGAAGAUCAAAAACGCGCAUACUCCAGGGCUGGAGGCGCCCCGUGCAAAAAAGGAGCCCCAAGUGGCAGAGUUUGAUGCUUCCGCAGCCAUUUGGUCGUCAGGUGACAAUCCAUCUGUGUGUCAUCGGCAGCCGCCUGCAGAAGCAGAGGUGAUGACAAGGUCGGAGUUAGAUUACUGUGGGGUGCCCGUCCCAGACGGAGGGGGAAUCUGCUCUACGGCUGAUUGGUUCCAGCCGCGGGUCAAGGACGAUUUAUUUCGUGAUCUUCGCCGCAGGUUUGAAUCUUUGGCUAUGGAAUGGCGUCUAGUUCCCCGCCUGAUGGCGCACGUCUCUAACCCCACGGAUGCUGAGCUGCUUUCUGCUGAAGAAGUGUUACACUUGCGUGAAGAGAUUGUUGGUUUUUUGCGUAACCAUGGUUUUUCUUGCAACGGUGAUGUCGAACCCAAUCAGCCUUUUCUGCUUUCCGUUUGGCAAGCUUUGGCCAAGAUGACUGUUGAUGUUGAUCCACAUCUUCCCAACAUUCUUUCAGAAGGGGUUCCUACAGGCAUCGAAUCCCCGAUUUCACCUUCUGGUGUCUGGGAUGCAGUAGAUUUUGAUGGAAUGGCACCUGAGCCUGAGCUGGUUCCUUGUGAUCUUUUGGUUCACCUUGAGCCUUGGCGCUCGGCAGCUGAAGAUUUACCCCUGGCAAAACAGUUGCUUCAAAAGGAUAUUGACGCUGGUUGUCUCAUGCAUUUACGUGGAGGUGAAGCGGAAGCGAAGGAACGCUGGGGGGACAAGAUUGCUGCAGGUAAAUUGGGCUUGGUGAAAAUCCCGGGCAAGAAACCACGGUUGAUUGGCGAUGCCACGGUUUCUGGUGCAAAUUCGCGCUGCGUGAUUCUGGAAAAGAUUCGCUUGCCCACUUUGAGCUGCGUGCAAAGAGUUGCUAGCGCAACGCCGCUUGACAAACUUUUUUCUGCCUUUUCCUUUGAUAUUCGUGGAGCCCACAAGCUAAUUCGUGUACGACCUGCAGAACAAGGGUAUAGCACUUUUGUUUUGGAUGGAGAAUGGUAUACCUACCGAACCUGUUUUUUUGGCUGCCGCUGGGCGGCUUACUGGUUCUCGCGUGCUUCUUCAUUUCUUGUGCGACUCUUGCAUCGCUGGGUUUGGAUACCACACGCAUUGUGGGUAUAUGUUGAUGAUGGCCUCCUCUUGCUUCCCGCUGAUGUGGCGCCGCUGGUUGCAACUACUUCAUUGAUGUUCUUGCUGUCGAUCGGUAUGCCGAUCAGUUGGGAAAAAUUGCAACUGGGCACUGCUAUUUCCUGGAUUGGGUGGGAUUUCCAUUUUUCCAAUGCUACAGUUUGUUUGCCUAACGCGAAGAAGCAGAAGUUGCAGCAGUUGCUUUUUUGUCUCAUGGUAGAGAACCGGCGGGUUGAACGUAAGCUGGUGGAGCAAGCUAUCGGCCUUUUGCUCUGGUAUUGCGGGGGUGCUUCGUGGCUGAAGCCGUGGCUGCAAUGCUUAUAUAACUUAUUGUUCAAACCCUUGUGUGUAUUUCGUGCCUUGUUGCCCGCGCAAUUUGAAUGCAUGCGUGGCUCACUGGACCCCAAUCUACGUUUGAAGCAUAGCUUUUCGCAGUGGGACUUACAGCAGGGUUGGAAGUUACAUUCAGUAAGUAACUGUGCUGUGCGUGCGCUGAGCGAUGUCCCGCUUCAGACUCCGCGUUUGAAACGUGGUGCAAUUGAUUGCGUUUUCUAUGACUAUAGCAGUGCCAAGGUGCGAACCAACAAGAUCUCGAUCGAUGCGGCCACUUUGUUUUUCAAUGCUGUUUCCGUGCAAAACCGCUUCCCCUGCGUUGCACUCAGGUGGAACAUGGCUUCGGCGCUGCUGAUGCAUUUGCUGAUUCUUCAUCUUGCGGUGUAG